AUGAGUGCCUCCAAGGCGCAAUCUCAAAAGAUCUUUGAGAAGCUCAAGCUGAAACCCGCAAAUAAAGUAUGCUUCGACUGCAACUCUAAGAAUCCAACAUGGUCGUCUGUCCCUUUCGGUAUCUACCUCUGCUUGGAUUGCUCCUCCAACCAUCGUAACCUCGGUGUCCACAUCUCCUUCGUUCGAUCCACAAAUCUUGACCAAUGGAGCUGGGAUCAACUUCGUAUCAUGAAGGUUGGUGGAAAUGAGUCCGCGACCAAGUAUUUCCAAUCGCACGGAGGGUCAGCCGCGCUCGCCAGCAAGGAUUCCAAGGUCAAAUACACUUCCAAUGCCGCGGUGAAGUACAAGGAAGAGUUGAAGAGACGUGCAGCUGCCGAUGCGCAACAGUAUCCCGAUGAGGUUGUUGUCACUGAUGUGCCUGCUGGUACACCGUCCGAUGGCUCAGGAACUCCCGCCGCAAUCCCCCCCUCUCGCACUGGAACCCCCCCUGUCGUGAGCCGAACUGGAUCCCCAUACUUGAAUUCUGGUGCUGGCGCGAAUGGCUCGCGCUCGAAAUCCCCGCUUUCUGCCUCCGAUGAAAAGACCACUGCCUCUCCUCCCGCUCCUGCCGCAAUUCGUGCCAACUCCGGGGCUCGGAAAACCGUCACCACAGGUGCCGCCAAGAAGGGGAGCGUUCUGGGAGCGAAGAAGGCUCCUAAGCUCGGCGCGAAGAAGGUUGUUGCUGGCGAUAUUGACUUCGACGAGGCCGAGCGCAAGGCUAGAGAAGAGGCUGAGCGCAUUGAGAAACUUGGAUACGAUCCUGAAGCUGAGAAGGCCGAGGCCGAAGCCAAGGCCAAGGCUGCUGCUCCUCCGAUCUCCUCUCCCACUCCGCUUAACCCCAGUCGGGGUAGCUUCGGAGCCACUGCGCCAUCGGAGCGCAACUCUAGUGACGUCGAACGCUUAGGAAUGAGAAUGAACAGACUCGGAUUCGGCCAGGUGACGAAGCCUCCUGCUCCUAAGAAGUCGGGAUUCGGUGCCGUUGCCCCAAAGAACCCUGCUGAUGAGGAAGAGCUUGCCCAAACCAAGUCGCGAUUUGGCAGCCAGAAGGGUAUUUCGUCUGACGAAUUCUUUGGCCGUGACCGAUUCGACCCCAAUGCCCAGGCCGAGGCCAAGCAGCGUCUCACACAGUUUGACGGUGCUACCGCUAUUUCCAGCAAUGCUUACUUCGGCCGGCCCGAGGAUGACCUUCCCCUAUGGAUGAUGGAUACGGAGAUCUUGAAACCGCAGCUAAAGACUUCGUUCGCCGCUUCGGUAUCACCGCCGGUGAUGACAUCGAGAACUUGUCCCAUUUGGUUGGUGAGGGUGCCACAAAGCUUCAAGGUGAGUUACUUCCCAUACCUGGCCCCCUAG